AUGACUACCCAUGUCUUUUUAGAUAAGUCAAUUAGGUUACGAGGACCAUCCAGGCUAAAUGGUACUGGCCGUGUGGAAAUCUUAUAUUUGGGAAUAUGGGGAACAAUUUGUGAUGAUAAUUGGGACAUAAAUGACGCUCGAGUUGCAUGUCGUCAACUUGGUUAUUGGAAUGCUCUUAGAGCUCUUCGAGGACGAGAUGUUCCUUCUGGUUCAGGACAGAUUUGGUUGGACGAAGUUGGUUGUACUGGGACUGAACAAAACCUAGAAAGUUGUCCUCACAACGAUGAUGUAGGAUGGGGAAGUCAUGACUGCGAUCAUUCGGAAGAUGCUGGAGUGGGAUGUACUUCUGGAGAUCUCGAUUAUUGCUCCUUGGGAUUGUACCAAUGUGGGAUGAAUUUCCAAUGUGUUAACACUGACAAUGGUGUUAAAUGCAUAUGUGAUCAAGGUUUUACCGGGGACGACUUUACAUGUUCCGACAUCAAUGAGUGUUCAACAGUAAACAACUGUCAUUCCGAAGCUUUUUGCACGAACACUCAAGGGUCUUAUCGAUGCACAUGUAAUGGUGGAUUUACUGGAAAUGGAACCAAUUGCCAAGACGUCGAUGAAUGUUCUGAUUCAACUCACAAGUGUCCUUCAGAGACGAAUUGCACCAACACAAAUGGAUCCUAUCAAUGCUGUAGAACAAAAAAUUCUGGAAAUAGUUCUAUUUGCAGAGAUGUUGAUUAUUGCUCCUUGGGAUUGCACAACUGUAGCGGUAACUCUCGAUGUAUUAAAACUGACAGUGGUUUUACAUGCAGAUGUAAUCAAGGUUUUACCGGCGCCUCUUGUGAUGGGAAUAUUAAUUUCCAGUAUACAUCCCUAGAUAUGAAUGAAUGCUUGUCGCCUGACAGCUGUCAUCCAAAUGCCAGUUGCGUCAAUAAUUACGGAUCUUAUCGAUGCACAUGCAAUGUUGGAUAUACUGGGAAUGGAACCAUUUGCCAAGACAUCAAUGAGUGCUCUCAGUCUACUGCCAGGUGUCCUUCAGUCGAAUAUUGCUCCAACAUCCCAGGAUCUUUUCUAUGCUGUAUUGGUGAACCUGGAAGAAACGAAUCGACUUGCAAAGAACCCUCGAUAAAGUUAGAAGGACCAUUAAUUUCAAAUAAUACUGGCCGUGUUGAAGUAUACCAUGAUGGACAAUGGGGAACAAUCUGUGAUAUUAAUUGGGAUAUACAUGAUGCUCAAGUAGUAUGUCGUCAACUUGGUUUCCCUGGUGCUAUUCGAACAUUGCCCCGUCAUGAAGUGCCCGAUGGUUUUGGUAAGAUAUGGUUAAACAAGCUUGAAUGCACAGGUCGUGAGAAUAAUUUAUCUAGUUGUCCUGGUAUUGACUGGGUCGCACGUAAAGUUUACUGUCACCAUUAUAAAGAUGCCGGAGUAGAGUGUGGUGUAAAAGGUGUUGAUUAUUGUUCCACCGGAUUGCACAGCUGUCAUAGAAAUGCUGAGUGUAUUACAACUGUUGAUGGUGGCUUCUCGUGCAAAUGUAAUCAAGGUUAUACUGGAACUGGCUUUUCUUGCAAUGAUAUCAAUGAAUGCUCAUCACCUCACAUCUGUUAUUCGAACGCUCUUUGCAUCAACACUCCUGGAUCUUACCAAUGCACAUGUAAAGGUGGAUUUAUUGCAAAUGGGACUGUUUGCGAAGAUUAUGACGAGUGUUCUAAUUCCGCGCACUACUGUCGUGCAACAGCAACUUGCAGAAACAUUGUUGGCUCAUAUGAAUGUUGCUUGAGACAAUCUGGUGGAAGUAAUGUGACUUGCCGAGAGAUUACUGUCAGAUUGCGAGGACCGUUAAGAUUCAAUGGUACUGGUCGUGUGGAAGUGCGCCAUAACGGAGAUUGGGCGACAAUCUGUGGUUAUAAUUGGGAAAUAAAUGAUGCUCGCGUUGCAUGUCGUCAACUUGGUUAUCCGGGUGCUCUCAGAGCUCUUCGAGGAUGGCAAGUUCCUGAUGGCUCAGGACAGAUUUUGUUUGAAGAGCUGCAUUGUACUGGAAACGAGAAAAAUUUGGAAAGUUGUCCACGUCGCCAUAACGCAUGGUAUAGCGAUUACUGCAGUCAUAUUCACGAUGUUGGAGUGCAAUGUUCUUACGAAGAUGUUGAUUACUGUUCAUCGGGACUGCACAACUGUAAUUCUCGUGCUCAAUGCAUUAACGAAACUGAUGGUUUUUCAUGCAGAUGUAAUCCAGGCUAUACCGGCAACGGUGUUUCUUGCAAUGAUAUCAAUGAAUGUUCAUUUGCAAACAUGUGUGAUUCAAACGCUCUCUGCACCAACACUCUUGGAUCUUACCAAUGCUAUUGUAAAAGUGGAUUCAUUAAAAAUGGAAGUGUUUGCCAAGAUGCCGACGAAUGCUCUGGGGCGAUUUAUAACUGUCCUGCAAACGCCAUCUGUGCCAAUACAGUUGGAACUUAUCUUUGUUGUGAAGAUUCGGUUUGUAAAGAGCCACACAUCAGGUUACAAGGUCCGUUAAUUUCAAAUGGCACUGGUCGUGUGGAAAUAUUACAUGCUGGACAAUGGGGAGCAAUCUGUGGUAAUAAUUGGGAUAUAAGAGAUGCUCAAGUGGCCUGUCGUCAACUUGGUUAUCCGGGUGCUCUUAGAGCUCUUCAGGCGUUCAAUGGCCAAUUUACACCUGGUAAAAGACGGAUAUGGCUAGACAAGAUGUUGAUUAUUGCUCCUUGGGAUUGCACAACUGUGGGAGUAAUUUUCAAUGUAUUGUCGACGCUUACACUGGUUUUACAUGCAGAUGUAAACAAGGUUUUACCGGGAACGGGUUUACUUGCUUUGAUAUCAAUGAAUGUGAAUCAUCUCACAACUGUUCUUCGGACGCUUUCUGCACCAAUACCAUCGGAUCGUAUCAAUGUGUAUGCAAAAAUGGAUACACCGGAAAUGGAACUGUAUGUGACGUAUACAAUUAGCAGUGUUGAUAAAUUUUUCAAAGUUAAAAGUAUCACGUUCCUUCCAGAUAUUAACGAGUGUAUCGAACAAGAGGUGUCAUGUGAUUCAAAUGCGGAUUGUUUAAACACAAAUGGAUCGUUUGAGUGCAGAUGCAAAGAGGGCUUCACAGGAGAUGGGUAUAAUUGUAAAGCAGAAAAAGAAAUUCUCAACAGGAAAUCAGGAUCACCGGAAAACAAAUUUUUGUCCUUCCCGAACUUGGCUUAUAUCAUUGUUGGUCUAUUUUUAUUGCUUGGAAUAAUACUGCUGGUAAUAUUGAUACGAAGACGACGUAGACGAUCACAAAGAACAUUCCAUGAUAAUGAAAACUUGCAGUUGGUGUCAAAAGACGAUUUACAUUCUGGAAUUGGUGACGACAAUAAGAAUCAAGGUUCAGCUGUUAGCAAAACUGUCAAAGAGAGUGAUGAAAGAUGUGAGCUAAUAGAUCAAGGUGAACUCAAUAAAGUCACUGAAUGCUAG